AUGGCUUUAUUAAAAGGCCUUGCCCUUCUGGUUAUUGUUAUUUUCCUCUUCUUUGAGAAUGCCAACACAAAUACAGAGGUGAACCAAAAUCAAGAAAGUGUUAUCCCACUACGCACACAUUCUAUUUAUGUACCCUACGUUGACCAAGACCUCCAAAAUCGUUGGUUUGACUUUGGUGCCGACACGGUUAUCAACACCAACAAGCAUAUACGACUUACUCAGGAUCGACAAUCUCAAGUAGGCUGGUUAUGGAGUCGUUUG